CAGGGGCGGUUCAGUUGUCAGUCGCGUAUCAGACGUCGUGCGGACCACUCGUUUGCGACGAUAUCCUCACAUGUAACAGUGCUGUAAAUAUCGUAUACAUUGUUAUCGUAUUGGGCGGCGUAUCCGUACACACAACACCAUCGUCGCGACAAUUUAUAUCGAUAUUUAACAAAUAAAUUUUUACUACUGAAAUAUCGUUUGUGCUGCAGCCGCGGCAUGCAGUACUCGCAGCGACGGUGGUGCACCGCGGCGGUCCCGGUGCUGGUGCUGUCGGCACUGGUGAUUUUGACGCACGGCGCCACGAUCAAGUUCGACCAGAGCCAGACGGGCGACUACAAUCUGCAGAUACACCUGAAGAACAUCGAACUGUACGCGGUGUUCGACGACUCGGGCGGUAACGACGACGAAUAUGAAGACUUACCAGACUACACGGACACACUUGAAAGUUCAACCAAACCACCGCAAAACGCAUCCACGACUUAUGCUCCCACAUCGAGCACUGUGGCAACAGCAGCGGUCGUAAGUACGAAUUCACCAGCAUUGGCGUUGUUGGACCCGUACUCACAGUCCAAUAGUGACAAGAUUGUUCAGAUGGUCGAGGCCUUGAUCGCUAGCAACGGAAACACUUCCGACUUACCCACCGAACAGCCGCCAUCGUCGGCAAACGCCGCCACAACAUCUUCGUCGCCACCGGUAUCCGGUCAGUCUCCAUCAGCCGUCGGUGCAGCUUUUGCAACCGCGUCCGCCACAGCAACGAACAGCACUGCCAACCGAAAAUGUGGACCCGGAUAUUUCAGGGACCCGAUGGGACGGUGUCGGCGUAUCCGGAAACCACAUUUACCGUUUUUACAAAUGGUUCAUACUCCAGGAGUGAUAAAGUCAUUCCAACCACAGCAAAGGACCACCGAAGAUGCCAGCGAGAUGAAAAAUUAAAAAGAAAACACACAGACUAAAUUAAUUUAGUUUCAAUACGCUGAUAGGAUGCUAUGAACGAAUUAUGUCUUAAUAUUUAUUGUUUAUUUUAAUCAUACCUACCUAUACCUAAGAGUUUACAUAUAUUAUUAUAUUUAACCAUAUUGUGUAAUAUAUAGAAUUUAUAAUAAUAAAAAAAAAAUUAUUUUUAUUA